CGUCAAUAGACAGCGUCUCUCUGCUGCCUCUUUCAUACUGUUGCUUGUUCAAAACCCAAGACAACAAUGGCCACCAAGUUCAGAAACUCUUUCUGGCUAAAAACCAACGAGUUUGCGCCACAGGUGUUCCUUUUCCGUAAUAUCGAAACUGGGCAAGUGGUGUACUCGCAGACCCCACAUGUCACGAAAUACCAGAUAAAACAGCAGUUUUUCCGUCCUAACAAGGAGAACAAGAAGCCGCUUCCACGUCAUGAUAUCUGGCGUCCUUUGGCCGUUGCACAAUUUAACGACUACCAGAAGGCGGUCCAAGCUUAUCAUGGGUUGGUGGAGUUGAGAUACAUGCGCCAGGUCAGCAGAAAGGAUGAGUCCCAAUCUCUCAGAAAACUCAAUGACUACAACAGAAUCUGGUGCUCAGGACAGUACAGACCAACCUACACUAUGGAGUCGACCGCCGAUUUGAGUGCGGUCAUUGAUGAGCUUAAAUUAUCCGAAAACUGUAAGAUUUACUGGGAUGGACUGUGGUGGCGAGGUGAUGCCAAACACUGGAACGAAAAUAUAGAACAUAUCGAUUUGGAAAGAUUUGGUAGAAGAGAGAAAUUUGUCAUCCUCGACGAAAUAAGAGAGAAGGGACUGUUGGAUUUCCAAAAGAACUCCCAACUGGAAGAAGCCCAACCUGAAUCCCAAACUCAGCCUCAACAGCAAACAACUGCUUGAUCCAAACAAUGCAUACUCACAUGUACAUAGCGUUUGCCUACCUCUUAGUCUUUUGGCGCCUAUAUAUAUAACUCCCCGAUACAAGUUAUAGAAACUUAAUAUACUCUUCUGUUGUCUCAGAAGUGUACGCAGUAGCUCGCACCUAUAUUUUACUGGGGGAAAUCAAAUAUCACUGAUAGUUGUGCUUGAUCUUUCACAAAUAUUUGCUUCGUGAAGAUCUGACUAGCACAUUCUUUUGAUAUUUUCCCCCUACUGCAACCUUUCAGCUAUUUUUCAACCCCAAGGUCCAGUCACAAGACCUUAGCAGCCACAAUGUCUUCUACUUCCG